AAUAAUACAGCAAGUCAUAACUGAUAUCACUAACAGUCAUUCGCGACUAUCGUGAAUCGUAGAGCAUUUAUCAGCUAAGCAUUGCGAAAAUAUGUCUUAUUCCAUUUCAUUGGGACGAUUUGUUGGUAAAGUUGCCGUUGUGACCGGUGCUUCUGCAGGAAUUGGAGAAGCUAUUGCAAAGCUUUUAGUGAGAAAUGGUGUUAUGGUUGCUGGAGUUGCAAGAAGAGCAGAAAGCGUUCGCGAACAUGCCAAAAAGCUGCUUGGUGAGAGAGGAGUUUUGCACGCAUAUCAAUGUGAUCUAACUAAGCAAGACGAGAUAUUGCGGACAUUCAAGAAAAUUACCACGGAACUUGGUCCAAUUAGUAUUUUAAUCAAUAAUGCUGGCGUUCUCAAGGUGUCUGGUAUAAUUGAUGGUGACAUCGAAAAGUGGAAAGCUGUGAUAGACACCAACGUAAUGGCUGUAGCCACUGGGAUAAGAGAAGCUGUUGCAAGCAUGAAAGCCCAUAACAUCAAAGGGCAUAUUAUCAACAUUAAUAGUACUGCUGGGCAUACAGUUCUUGAUUUCCCUAACGCAGGGUUUUAUCCAGCUUCUAAAUUUGCUGUUACUGCUUUAACUGAAUCGGUUAGGUUGGAAAUCAACAGGGAAAAGUUGCCAAUUAAAAUUACCAGCCUCAGUCCGGGGUAUGUGGAAACAGAUAUUGUCAAAGUAGCAUUUACUGAAGUGUCUGGAAGUAAUAGUUGGGAGAAAAUUACAGUGAAGGGUUUGCACGCUCGGGAUAUUGCCGAUGCAGCUUUAUAUGUCUUAUCAACUCCAGAGCAUGUAAAUGUUAAAGAACUGACCGUAAUGUUGCAAGGAAGUCCUGUGUAAAAUGGAACAUGAAAUAGUAUUUAAAUGGAUUGCUCCUACUGAAAAAUAAUAAAUAUGCUUUUAUUGAUGAAGUUUAA